AUGGGUGGUUGUUCUGAGCUUCUUCCCAUGAUCAUCAUCAUUACCCUCUUGAUGUUCUUAUCAUCACAAGGAACUCACAUUCUGAGCUUCCACGUUCCUGGCCUUAAGGAGAUUCAUUUCAUGGAGGGGAAUGAACAAGAAAAUGAAAACCAGAUUAAGAAAAUCUCAGGACUUGAUGAGAAUGAAGAGAAGCAAGCUUUGAUAGUGGAAAAGUUUAGAUCUUUGCUUGGACUCAAGAGUUUCCACACCAAAGUUCCACCAUCCAAUGGAGAUUCUGAGUUUCUCUCCCCAUCACCUUCUCCAUCACCCAACAUUGAAGCUGAUUCUCCAGCUCCUUCUCCAGUACUGCACGUGCAUCCUCAUUCCCAUCAUCCACGACAUCACUCUCAUUUGAACCCUCCACUUAACAAAACACACCGUGAAGAUGAAGGCAAAUCUAAAAGAAUACUAGUAGCUGUUCUUGUAUCUGUAGGAAUUGCUACAUUAUUUGGUGCUUGUGUGUUAAUCUUGGUCUGGAGGAAAUUCACAAACCACAAAAAGAAACCCAAAAAGACAAUGCCACUCUGUAGCAAGGACGAAGGAACUAGAGGUACUUAUCAAAGUUCAUCAAACAAGGUGAGUUUAAACUCAGGGGGGUUAGAUCUGUUUUAUCUUAAUGCUUUAGGCGAUGAUAUAGAGCAACACCCUUGCACCUUGAAAAAGACUAGUAAGAAUGGUUCAGAAUAUGAGAAUGUUAGCAGUUCUUCCACUAAGGAAAUUGUAUCUGUUCAUGAAGAUGUGGAAUCAGUAAAAAGUGAACCUGAAUCUGAUGGAGGUAACUCUUCUUCUAGGGAUAAAAUUAUCCCUGAAGAUUGCCAUUCAUCAGAUAAUGAAAGCUUUCAUUCCAUCAUUGAUUCACAAUCAAAUACCAGACUUUCAAAUGCUUCAGCUGAAAGCCUGAGUGACACAAUUUCUUUGUCCACUCAAAAUUCAAGUUUAUUAGCUAACAAAAUUCCUAGUUCUCCUCAAAUCUCAAAAAUACAAUCUCAAAAAUCACCAUAUAGUCCAAAACAUGAAGAGCAAGAGAUUGAGACAUCUAUCUCCACUUCCCCUCCACCUCCUCCACCACCUCCUCCCCUGCCAAUGCCAUUGUUUUCUUUGCAUUCUCUUACUUCUUCAUCUAGAGUUUCCUCUCACUCUCCACUUUCAUUGACAUCUCAUAAUUUAUCAUCUCCUAGAAAUUCAGACACUUUCUCAGGAUCAAAUCAAAGCCCAGAAAAAGAAUCGCUUUCUCCACCUCCACCAUCUAACCCUACAAAAUCUCCUCCAAGCAUUCCCCCACCACCAUGCCCACCUCCAUUUCUAAAAGCCAAUAUCAACAAUGCCAAAACCCCACCUCCUCCACCAUCUCUAAUCCCUCAAUUUACCACACUAGGUAAAGAUGGUGCACCUCUGCCAAAACUUAAACCACUUCACUGGGACAAAGUAAGAGCUGCACCAAAUCGCACAAUGGUUUGGGAUAAGCUACGAUCAAGCUCAUUCGAGUUGGAUGAGGAAAUGAUCGAGUCACUUUUUGGCUACAAUUUACAAAAUUCAAUUAAGAAUGACGAGACAAAGAACAAAACCCCGUCUCCAAGCAAGCAUGUACUUGACCCAAAACGGUUGCAGAACAUUACAAUACUCUCAAAAGCUCUGAAUGCGACAGCUGAGCAUGUAUGCGAAGCCCUAAUACAAGGGAAGGGCUUGUCUUUGCAACAACUAGAGGCAUUAGCGAAGAUGAUACCCACCAAGGAAGAAGAAGCUAAGCUUUUCAAUUAUAAAGGCAACAUUAAUGAAUUGGGGUCCGCAGAAAAGUUUGUGAGGGCAAUGCUUGGCGUGCCAUUUGCCUUUGAACGAGUAGAAGGCAUGCUUUAUAGAGAGACUUUUGAUGAUGAAGUUGUUCACCUCAGGAACUCAUUUUCAAUGCUUGAGGAAGCAUGCAAGGAACUAAGAUCAAGCAGGCUCUUCUCGAAAUUACUAGAAACAGUGUUAAAAACAGGAAACCGUAUGAAUGUUGGAACAAUCAGAGGAGGUGCUAGAGCAUUCAAACUCGAUGCCCUUCUCAAACUUGCAGAUGUCAAGGGAACUGAUGGGAAAACUACCUUACUACAUUUUGUUGUUCAAGAGAUUGUUCGUUCAGAAGGGAUCAAAGUUUCAGAUAGCAUUAUGGGGAAAAUAAGCCAGAAAAGUAAGAACAGAACGGAGGAAGAGAAGGAAGAAGAUUAUAGAAGGAUGGGACUAGAACUAGUUUCUGGUCUUAGCACUGAAUUAUACAAUGUAAAGAAGACAGCUACAAUUGACUUGGAUGUUCUUGCAAACUCUGUGUCAAACCUUUCAGAUGGAAUGGCUAAGCUACAACAUCUAGUAGACAAGGAGUUGCAUAAGGAUGAAAGAUGCAUGAACUUUGUAAACUCGAUCAAGUGCUUCCUAAACUAUGCAGAUAGAAACCUGAAGGAGUUGCAAGGGGAUGAAGAUAGUGUUCUAGCACGUGUGAAAGAGAUUACAGAAUAUUUUCAUGGGGAUGUGAGCAAAGAAGAUGCUAACCCACUUAGAAUAUUUGUUAUAGUGAGAGAUUUUCUGGGCAUGUUAGAUAAUGUGUGUAAAGAGCUUAGAAGGUCUAAAGCUACCCGCAGCCCAAACCCUCUUGCUCCUUUCAGAUAG